AGGCAGAAAGGAUCACGCUUGCAACCUCGGAAACCGGAUGUUUUCGUCGCUUCAAAACUAACACCAGAGGAAAACAGAGUGAUAAUCUACAGAUUCAGUGGCCCUCUUUGCUUUGCUACGCACCACAACAUAGUUGCCGAUAUUCUGAGCUUCUUCAAGCGCAGUGAAUCCAAGAUUGAAAAAGGCUCCACGACGCUACAAGCAAUGGAAGAAGCCGCCAGGGAAGCUGCAACGACACGUGCUAUUGUGAUGGAUUGCUCAGCUAUCAGUUUCAUCGACUCGAGUGGACUUCGCGCUCUUGGUCUUGUUGUGGACAUGUGCCGCGAGAACAAGUGUGCUCUUUAUCUGGCUUCUUUACAAGAUACUCCACUAAAAGUAAUAAAAACUCAAGAAUCCAUGCUGCAGAACGUUGGCAUAGAGCAUAUCACCCCUACUGUUCAAGACGCAGUCGCACUAGCGAACUGUCAGCUACCUGCACGAAUUUACAGCACGCAGCUACAAACGUAUCUUUGA